CGACAUCUGGUACCUUGGCCGGGGAUAAAGUCGUACCCCCUCAUUCAUCCACCUGUAGAUAGCAUCCUCAGCACCGCCUGAGGUCUUCAAGGCCUUCACAAGCAUGUCUUCUCCAUUUGAUCGCCGACCGUUACCGGACUAUUUGUUCUCUUCGCCUUUAACUGCACUGCUCUAUCCCCUCCAUCAUCUCCUCCUCCGACUGCGCGGCCCUCCACGCAUACCCUCACCCGAUGCGCACCCCAUCCGCGUUGUCUGCGUCUCCGACACCCACACACUAGAAUGGGACGACGUCCCGGACGGCGAUCUGCUCAUCCACGCAGGCGACCUCUGCAAUGACGGUAGCAUCCGCGAGAUUCAAGCCGCAGUCGACUGGCUCCAGACGCUGCCUCACCCCCACAAAGUAGUUAUCUGCGGCAACCACGACAGCUACUUCGACAUUCGCUCCAGACGAGACGAAGACCGCGACGCUUCCUCCUCGUCCUUCGCAGCCAUCUCCUCCUCCACCGCCUCCAUCCGCUCCAUCGACGACGACCCAGACGGCCUCACUCGCAUCAACUGGGGCGACAUCCACUACCUUCAACACUCCUCCAUCACCCUCUCCUUUCCUCCGCCCGAGCCGGUCUACUGGGACGAGGCACAGAGAGCGUGGGAGCGGCUGUGUGCGGCGCGGCGCCCGCGUGCCAAAUACGGUCGUCUGAUGUCCCUCUUUGGGUUCCUGCGGGACCUGUUUGAUAUUCACGGCUGGCUGGAUGCGGCGCGGGUCGUCGCGUAUGGUGUGCUUGGGGUUGUGUGGGCGAAGGUCUGGGGUGGUGAGAAUCGGGGCUGUGGGUGGAUGGUGAAUGCCGCUUGUAUGUAUAGGAAUACGGGGCGGUUGGGGAACAAACCGCAGGUUGUAGUAUUGUAAGGUUUAGGUUAGUGGUCUUGGAGGAGUUUGUAAAUAGGUUGGUUCUCUAAUGGCUGGAUGUUUGCUGCAUAAUCGUCAUCUACUUAUAUAUAUCCUUUACAGUUCUGUUUUUGUGACGAAGU